CAGCUGCCAAAACAUAGUACAGUGAAAUAAUGGUCUGCUAGCCUGCUAAACAAGUGUCCAGCUUCCACAAUGCCUGUGCAGGCAGCUCAGUGGACAGAAUUUCUGUCCUGCCCAAUCUGCUACAACGAGUUUGAUGAGAAUGUGCACAAACCCAUCAGCUUAGGUUGCUCUCACACUGUCUGUAAGACCUGCCUGAACAAGCUUCAUCGCAAGGCAUGUCCUUUCGACCAGACUGCCAUCAAUACAGACAUCGAUGUGCUUCCUGUAAACUUUGCACUCCUCCAGUUAGUUGGAGCCCAGGUACCUGAUCAUCAGACAGUAAAGUUGAGUAAUGUAGGAGAGAACAAACAUUAUGAAGUAGCAAAGAAAUGUGUUGAGGAUUUGGCACUCUACUUAAAGCCAUUAAGUGGAGGAAAAGGUGUUGCAAGCUUGAAUCAGAGUGCACUGAGCCGUCCAAUGCAAAGGAAGCUCGUGACGCUGGUGAAUUGUCAGCUAGUGGAGGAGGAGGGUCGGGUUAGAGCUAUGAGGGCAGCUCGAUCGCUGGGAGAGAGAACCGUUACAGAACUGAUCUUGCAGCACCAAAAUCCUCAGCAGCUUUCUGCCAAUCUUUGGGCUGCUGUCAGGGCACGAGGAUGCCAGUUUCUAGGACCAGCUAUGCAAGAGGAGGCACUGAAACUUGUAUUACUGGCACUGGAAGAUGGCUCUGCACUCUCAAGAAAAGUUCUGGUACUUUUUGUCGUACAAAGGCUAGAACCAAGAUUUCCUCAGGCCUCUAAAACGAGCAUUGGCCAUGUUGUGCAGCUACUGUAUAGAGCAUCAUGCUUUAAGGUCACUAAAAGGGAUGAAGAUUCUUCUCUGAUGCAACUUAAAGAAGAGUUUCGGAGUUAUGAGGCUUUGCGGAGAGAACAUGAUGCCCAAAUUGUUCACAUUGCCAUGGAAGCAGGACUUCGAAUAUCACCAGAACAGUGGUCUUCCCUUCUUUAUGGUGACUUGGCACAUAAAUCGCACAUGCAAUCCAUUAUUGACAAGCUCCAAUCUCCAGAAUCUUUUGCAAAGAGUGUACAAGAAUUGACAAUUGUCUUGCAGCGCACGGGGGAUCCUGCAAACUUAAACAGGCUGAGGCCUCAUUUAGAGCUGCUGGCAAACAUAGAUCCCAAUCCAGAUGCGGCAUCUCCAACAUGGGAGCAGCUGGAAAAUGCAAUGGUCGCUGUGAAGACUGUGGUACAUGGGCUGGUGGAUUUCAUUCAGAACUACAGCAGAAAAGGCCAUGAAACUCCACAGCCACAACCAAAUAGCAAAUAUAAAACAAGUAUGUGCCGAGACCUUCGACAGCAAGGGGGAUGUCCAAGAGGAACAAACUGUACAUUUGCUCAUUCUCAGGAAGAGCUUGAAAAAUAUCGCUUGAGGAACAAAAAAAUCAGUGCAACAGUGAGAACAUUCCCCCUUCUAAAUAAAGUUGGCGUAAAUAGCACCGUCUCAACCACAACAGGAAACGUAAUUUCUGUCAUAGGAAGCCCUGAAGCAACAGGGAAGAUGGUGCCAAGUACUAAUGGAAUAGCUAAUCUAGAAAGUGGUGUUCCCCAGUUGAUCCCUCGCUGUGCGGACACCUCCUUGAGAGCUUUGGAGAACACCAAGAAGGGAGGGAAGACUGGAGCCAAUGGCCAGAAUGUUUCUGGAUCCCCUACAGAAUCACUACCUGAAAAUAAAAUCGGUUCUCCACCCAAGACUCCUGUAAGCCAGGCAGCAGCUACCUCAGCUGGUCCUCCUAAUAUUGGAACAGAAGUUAAUUCUGUGCCUCCAAAAUCCAGCCCGUUUGUUCCCAGAGUACCUGUCUACCCCCCACAUUCUGAUAAUGUUCAAUAUUUCCAAGAUCCCAGGACUCAGCUGUCGUAUGAAGUUCCACAGUACCCACAGACAGGAUAUUAUCCACCACCUCCAACAGUACCAGCUGGUGUGGCUCCCUGUGUUCCUCGCUUUGUGAGGUCCAAUAACGUUCCAGAAUCCUCCCUCCCACCUGCUUCCGUGCCAUAUGCCGAUCAUUACAGUACAUUUCCCCCUCGAGAUCGACUGAAUUCUCCUUACCAACCUCCUCCUCCGCAGCCGUAUGGACCAGUUCCUCCUGUCCCUUCUGGAAUGUAUGCUCCAGUUUAUGACAGCAGGCGCAUCUGGCGCCCACAGAUGUACCCACGAGAUGAUAUUAUUAGGAGCAAUUCUUUACCUCCCAUGGAUGUGAUGCACUCAUCUGUCUAUCAGACAUCAUUACGUGAGAGAUACAACUCUUUGGACGGGUAUUACUCUGUGGCUUGUCAACCUCCAAACGAACAGAGGACUGUGCCUUUACCAAGGGAGCCUUGUGGUCAUUUGAAGACUGGUUAUGAUGAGCAAUUAAGACGGAAGCCGGAGCAAUGGGCACAGUACCACACACAGAAGACUCCUCUGGUAUCGUCGACCCUUCCUAUGGCAACACCGUCUCCAACACCACCUUCUCCUCUCUUCAACGUAGAUUUCAGCACAGAGUUCUCAGAGAGUGUCAGUGAUUUGAGUGGAACUAAAUUUGAGGAAGACCAUCUCUCUCACUAUUCACCGUGGUCUUGUGGCACUAUUGGCUCUUGUAUAAAUGCUAUCGACUCAGAGCCCAAGGAUGUGAUUGCCAAUUCAAAUGCCGUGUUAAUGGAUUUGGACAGCGGGGAUGUUAAAAGGAGAGUGCAUUUAUUUGAAACUCAGAGAAGGGCAAAGGAAGAAGAUCCUAUAAUCCCAUUUAGCGAUGGACCGAUCAUCUCCAAGUGGGGUGCAAUCUCCAGGUCAUCCCGCACGGGUUAUCACACGACAGAUCCUAUUCAGGCCACUGCUUCCCAAGGAAGUGCUACUAAGCCCAUCAGUGUAUCAGAUUAUGUCCCUUAUGUCAAUGCUGUUGACUCAAGAUGGAGUGCCUAUGGCUCAGAUUCUGCUUCAUCAGUGCGUUAUGCGGAACGGGACAGGUUCAUAGUUACAGAUUUGUCUGGUCACAGAAAGCAUUCCAGCACUGGAGAUCUAUUGAGUAUUGAAUUACAGCAGGCCAAAAGUAACUCGUUAUUACUUCAGAGAGAGGCGAAUGCACUAGCCAUGCAACAGAAGUGGAAUUCUCUAGAUGAAGGCAGUCGUCUUACCUUAAAUCUUUUAAGCAAGGAAAUUGAUUUGAGGAAUGGUGAGGUAAAGAAAGGGACUGAUUAUACUGAAGACUCUGCAGACACAAAGCCAGAUCGAGACAUUGAAUUGGAGCUGUCAGCCCUUGAUACAGAUGAACCUGAUGGGCAAGGUGAACAAAUAGAAGAGAUUCUGGAUAUACAGCUAGGUAUUAGUUCUCAAGAUGAUCAACUGCUCAAUGGAACAACUGUAGAGAACGGGCAUCCGCUAAAGCAGCACCAGAAAGAAUCUAUGGAACAGAAGAGACAAAGUUUAGGUGAAGACCUUGUGAUUCUGGAGGAGCAGAAAACAAUCCUGCCCGUAACUUCUUGCUUCAGUCAGCCGAUCACAACAUCUGUUAGCAAUGCAAGCUGCCUGCCCAUCAGCACAUCAGUCAGUGUUGGCAGCCUCAUUUUGAAAACUGCUCACAUUAUGUCUGAGGAUAAAAAUGACUUUUUAAAGCCUGUUGCAAAUGGCAGGAUGGUUAACAGCUGAAAGGCAUUCAUCUUUCCAGCUUGUGACCACACCAUGGAAGCAUUUACACUAGCUUUUUAUAUAUAUAAUAUAUAUUAUAUAAUGUAUAUUUUUUUUAAAAAAAAUAAUAUUGGGGUCAUGCAUUUCCUGUGGACUCUUUGAUACUUCAAGCCCCUCUCGCAUUAGCAUUCUGAAGAAAAAAAAAAACUUACUUUACUAGGGUAAGGCGUUCACUUUCCACAAAUGAAUGGAAUUUGGACAUUGUUUUACUUAAGCUUAAAGCAGCUUUUUAUGAGUUUGUAGCAAUCCGGUGCGGUAUCUGAGCCAUUCUUGUUUAAAAUGGCUUCUGUAGAAAACUAACAACUCAGUUAUUUAAACUAGCAGGAUCCUACAAUGAUACAUCUAGUGAAAGGAAGACUAACUUAUUUGUCUCUAUUUUGUUUCAUGAGAGAAGAACUUGUGUCUUGUUGCAGCUGCUUUUUCUUUAGUUGUGGAACUUUGCAUGGAGUAUUGUUUCCUGUUUGAAGACUGAGAGGUGGAGAUUUGGACUUGAGACUUUUACAGGGUUAACACACCAUUAGCUUUGCACUGCUACGUUAUUUGCAGGUCUGUGGUGCAGUGCUUUGCUGCAGCUUUUUGUUUCCAUUCCCC